AUGACUACCGAAAAGAUGGAAGUGGACUCUGUCCCCGCUGUGGACCCAAAACAAGAAAGCCAAACAACUGUGGACCAGAUCUUGGGGCUUCUACAAGAUGUUUCCAAGACCACUACGAGCUUGGACUCUCGUUUUGUGUGGAAAGCUACAAGGGAAUUGAGUGUUUUCAGGCCCAAGCUAGACAAAGAAUCUCUUUCGAUUGCGGUAAAUUUGCUAUACCCUGAUAACUCAGCAUUUAAGAUAUCACUAUUGAAAUAUAUCAAUAACAACCAAAAAAGCAGGGUGGAGAAUGCCGACAAAGAGCGCCAGAAAUACCCCGCUGCUUUUUAUCAACUCACAAGUGUAAACAACACCGUGGACGUUUCUGCCGAAGUCAACAGUUUUGUGCAUCUUUUGGUGCAAUUAUACCUUCUCGACUCGCAGCAAGUUGAUGCGCUCGACUCUUUCAAUACACUAGUUGUCUUGCCCAAAGUACUAAAAUUUUACAAUCAAAGAUCCUUAGACCUUAUUAAUGCUAAGCUAUGGUUUUAUGUCUGCAGGGCUCGUGAAAUGGGAGGCAACAGCUUCGACACCACCAUAAGAGCAGAAAUGAUCAAAUUUCUUAAAACGGCGACUCUUAAGCAUGAUAACGAAACUAGAGGGAUGCUGGUAACAUUCAUUUUGAGAAGCUUCCUACAAACGGGUGAAGUCGAUACAGCCGCCGACUUCAUCAGCAAAGUCGAAUUUCCAGGUUCCAAUGACGUCUCGAGUCCUCUGGAAGCCCGUCAUUUUUACUAUCUGUCCAAGCUAAAUGCAAUUCAAUUAGACUACUCGACAGCUAAUGAUUAUGUGAUUGCUGCUAUUCGCAAAGCCCCAAACACCAAAAAGUGCUUGGGAUUUUUACAACAGGCCAAUAAAUUGCAUUGUGUCAUUGAAUUGUUAAUGGGAGAUAUUCCAGAACUUUCAUUUUUCAAACAAAAAGAUAUGGAGAGGUCAUUGCUUCCCUAUUAUCAUUUGUCUAAAGCCGUCAAACUCGGUGACUUGAACAAAUUCACAUCUGCGAUUUCGACCUACAAAAAGGAACUACUGAACGAUGGAAACUAUCAAUUAUGUGUUCGGUUGAGAUCCAGUGUCAUUAAAACGGGUAUUAGAAUAAUCUCUCUCACCUACAAAAAGAUAUCUUUGAAAGACAUUUGUCUGAAGCUACGCCUGGACUCAGAACAAACUGUAGAAUAUAUGGUAUCAAGGGCAAUAAGAGAUGGUGUCAUAGAGGCAAAAAUCAAUCAUGAAGAGGGCUAUAUUGAAAGCAGUGAACUGCUGAAUGUGUACGCUACUGAUCAACCUCAACAGUUAUUUGACGAAAGAAUCAGAUUUGUCAACCAGUUGCAUGACGAAUGUGUAAAGGCCAUGAGAUACCCCGAAGACGGCAACAACAAGGACAAGAACAAACCUGCAGGGGAUUAUGACCAAAUGGAAGAAAUGAUCGACCUUGCAGACCUUGAUGAGGACGACCUGGGGGAUUUAGGUGAUUUCUACUGA